GAGAGAGAGUUAGCUGAGACUCAGCAGCAACUGAGACAGAAGGAGGAACAGCUGCGAUCAAGUGAGGCUCUAGUGGCUGACUUCCAGAAGGCCCUCCAGCGGAGUUACUCAGGAACGAAGACCCAGCCUGCUCACCUAGCAACAGCUGUACCCCAUGCCAUACCACCUGUAGUUAAACCACGAAAGCUCACUGUGCAGUGUCAUCGUAGGAAGACAGCACCAUGUAGAAUGGAGAGAGGAUCUGCAACAACUGAUGGUCGAUUCGCAUACUUCACCCCACGUGGCUCCAACUCAGUCUACCAAUAUGAAUGUAGUACAGAGAAAUGGGAGCUACUUCCUUCAUGUCCAUAUCAGAACUCUGGACUAGUCAUCAUUGACAGGGAACUAACUGCUGUGGGGGGAGAUGAUGGAUCUCAUCGUACUAACAAACUAUACACACUACGACAGAGGAAAUGGGUUGAGAAAUACCCUCCAAUGAACACUGCACAUUCCUCUCCUGCUGUAGUUAGUACAUCCGAUGGUGAAUACCUCAUUGUGAUUGGUCAUCGUAAGAAGACAGCACCAUGUGCAAUGAUCAGAGGAUCUGCAACAACCGAUGGUCGAUUUGCAUACUUCACCCCACAUGACUUCAACUCAGUUUACCAAUAUGAAUGUAGUACAGAGAAAUGGGAGGAACUUCCUUCAUGUCCAUAUUACAACUCUGGACUAGUCAUCAUUGACAGGGAACUAACUGCUGUGGGGGGAUAUGUUGGAUCUCGUUUUACUAACAAACUAUACACACUACGACAGAGGAAAUGGGUUGAGAAAUACCCUCCAAUGAACACUGCACGUUCCCACACUGCUGUAGUUAGUACAUCUGAUGGUGAAUACCUCAUUGUGAUUGGGGGG